CCGCCGACGACCAAGCCAUCGGCGUAAACCUCUACACCUUAGUUCCAGUGUCCUGAUGUCAGCCAAUACCAUGGGCAGCGGCAACGCGGGCAAUCCCAAUCAGAACGCGGGAGCGGGAACUGGAGGCGCCGGCGGCAAUGGCAAUGGCAAUGGCGGGAACUCUGGAGCUCCUGGCGACAACGAGAAGGACUGGCCGGUUACCGAUGAUCUGCGCAACCAUCUUGUACACAGACUGGUGCAGGCCAUCUUCCCCACCUCAGAUCCCACCACUAUGGAGGACAAACGACUCCACAAUCUCGUCUCGUACGCGGAGAAGGUCGAGAAGGACAGGUACGAGAUGGCCAAGUCCAGAUCUGAGUACUAUCACUUGCUGGCGGAGAAGAUCUACACGAUACAGAAGGAGCUUGAGGAGAAGAGGCUGAAGCGCAAGGAGCAGCAGCAGCAGCCGCAGGUGAUGCAGCAGGUAUGUAAACCUGAUGCAGCAGCAGGGCGGACCCGGAGGACCAGGUACUGGACCCGAUCAGUGUGUGUCCAACAUAGAGAACGCAACCAUGAUGCUGCAAAGCCUUUCUCUAAUAUCGCCCGGCGUGUCCACGCACGGAGGAAUGCAAUCGCAGGAGCAGCAGCAGCAGGAGCAACAGCAUCAGCAGGAGCAACAGCAAAACAAAACAAAGCAAACAAAAACUAACAACACUGUAAUCAACUAAAUACUUUGCUUGAAAGUGUAAAAUAAAUUGAAAUAAAAAUUAUAGGAUAUA